UAUUCAAUUUUGUGUUAGUGUAAUUCGUAGUGCGUUAUUCUGUUAUAUUUCAUUUAUCCCACGUCUUCUUACCACACAUUCCCUCUCUUUUUUAUCGUCUUUUUCUCUCCAACACUCCAACUCAUAUGCUUGUGAUCACUUUCUUUUUUUCUUUAUCUUCCAUUGCUAUUAUCGCUUUCUUAGAUGUCCUUUAUUGUCUGUGUUUUCAUUCCUAUUUCAUUGUGAUUGCUUCAGUUUUCCUCUUAUUACUUCUCCCAAAAAUCGCCUCCUUUUUGAAUUUCUGUGUUUCUUCCCCUACUCAGUUUGUAUUCGUACCCCACCACUUUUUCUUUUCCUUGGUGACAAUGCAUAUCUUAUUCAUCAUUAUAUUAUUAGUCUUUUCUUUUCUCUAUUAUUUUACCAACGCCUAUAAAAUCCUUUUUUUUUCUGUCUCGACACCUGAAAAGCUUACAUAAAUGAUAUCAUCAUGGGUAACUAGUAUAUGGCAAGAAAUUGUUGGCAAUCCAUCCAGGGUCUGGCCACACUCUUGCAAACACGCGACCUCGUAUUAAACCGUAUGGUACCGGGCCAUACGUUCUAGAGUCAUUCGAAUUGCUAAGGUUGUCACCGCUUAACCAGACAUGGCCUUCGGGCACCUGUCACAGUUCAUAUAGUUAGGAACGUGAGGUAAAAAAUGAGACAAGG